CUGAGCAUUGACGUGAAGCUUCCAUUCCACGCUGAAGGCCUCAUUUUUCCAUCUUUCUCAAGUCUCUCUCAUCGACUCACAGCCUCACAAGCGAGAGAGAGAGAGAGAGAGAGCUCACUUCUUCUUCUCUUUGAAUUUCUGGUUUCUUUCUUCUCUCUAAAGCUUCAGUUCUGGGAUAUGGCUAACGGCGACGACGUGAUAAGAUCUGGAGCAGAGCGAGCGGUUGAGUGAUCUCAUAACCAUCGUAAUUUCAUAUAGCUCUCUGAAUGAGGAGGAGGGAGGUGUUUUGAGUGACGGCGUGAACUGCUUCAACGUUUUCUUACCCCUAGACCUUGUCGUUUUGCUUAGAAUUUGUAAAAUAUAAUCUAGACCGUUCAUUACUUUUACAUUACUUCAGUGAACAAAAAAGCACAAGACAAACUAAGACCCGUUUCUCUCUCCACUGCUUUCUCGCACGGGAAACCUCUCCCUUCGUCUACCAGAACUGGGGUUUCAUCCGAAACACCUAAAAAAUGCACAAAUUGGGUAGAGGCCACCGUGACAAACUCCAGCAGUUUAUGACAAUCACUGGCGCAAGUGAAAAAGUUGCCCUUCAGACUUUAAAAGCCAGUGACUGGCAUCUUGAAGGAGCUUUUGAUGUAUUCUACAGCCAACCCCAGGUCAAAACCUUUACUGACUCUAGACAUUUGGAGGAGCUCUUCAAUAGAUAUAAAGAUCCAUAUAGUGAUAUGAUACUGGUUGAUGGUAUUACUCUUCUUUGCAACGAUAUUCAGGUGGAUCCGCAAGAUAUAGUUAUGUUAGUUGUUUCAUGGCACAUGAAGGCUGCCACCAUGUGUGAAUUUUCCAAGCAGGAGUUUAUUGGUGGACUACAAGCACUAGGGAUAGAUUCUUUGGAGAAGUUCCGUGAAAGGAUACCAUUUAUGCGCUCUGAGCUGAAAGAUGAACAAAAGUUUCGUGAGAUAUAUAACUUUGCAUUUGGCUGGGCAAAAGAAAAGGGUCAGAAAUCUUUAGCAUUGGAUACAGCUAUUGGAAUGUGGCAAUUACUGUUUGCUGAAAAGCAGUGGCCGCAGGUUGAUCACUGGUGCCAGUUCUUACAGGCUCGUCAUAAUAAAGCAAUAUCUAGGGACACAUGGUCUCAACUUUUGGAGUUUGCAAGGAUGGUGGACCCGACAUUAUCAAACUAUGAUGCUGAAGGUGCGUGGCCUUAUCUUAUUGAUGAAUUUGUUGAAUACUUGAAUGAGAAUGGCAUCAUCGAAAAUGGUGAGUUGGAUGAUUUGAGCCAAAAACGAUGAUGGGGUGCUGGAAUGGUGACUUGGUGGUGCUUUAUCAUCCUUGUUUAGCGGUUUGAAUCUAGAUGUUCUGUGACUGGACUUUGUUAUAUCUUGAAAAAUGAGAAGCCAUGGUUUCUAGUUCAACCUUUGUUUCAUACUGACUAUUCAUAUUCUACUUUUAUAUUGAUUGGACUGUUGAUGUGGUAUCUACAUUUUCCUGUGAGUGACAAUAGCAAACGGUUUUGAAUUUUCUCUCGUUGAGAAAGUUCUUCCCUCUGUAAUCAAUUGGUAUUUUGGGAUUUUAAAUGUCUCUUGAUUGUGAAUGUAUUAUUUUGGAUUCA